AUGACAUUUUUGUCAACAUUUUCAGGGAUUGUUGUGGAUGUAUAUCUUUGGCCACCAAAAGUCUCCGACAAAAGCGACUAUAUACUCUUCCUUGGUGCUCUUAGAAGAUUGAAAGAUUGGCACAAUGCUCAUGUUGUCGUCUUUGAACCUGAUCCUAGCCCUGAUACAGAGUUCCUACAAAAGUUUCUUUCAGCUGAUGUGUAUGUGGAUAUUGAGGGCUUUCAUGUCAAGGGAGACAACUUAAUGUGGCGAGGGAAAGUUUCAGUCUGUGAUAAAAUAGAGAACAAAGGACUAACAGUGCCAGGUGUUAGCAUGCAUAAGAUAAGAGAAGAGACACCGGAUUUACAGUUUCCUAUCAUAGAACAAAACAGGGAUGGAUGUUGCAUGGGACGUAUGUUGGAAGUUCUUGAUGAAGUCGCUCUAAGUUCAGUACCAUCAUUAAUGAAAACCCCACAUACUGGUAUGCUGGCAAGGUUAGCGGUGUAUCCAGAACAGGAAGAGCAGCCAUCUUGUGGAGAAGUUGGACUGUCUACUGAAGCAUGGAAGGAAAAUAUCAUGGCUGAUAUACAGUUUGUACAAGAACCCGAGGAGGACCUUCAAGACAACUAUGAAUUUUUAUACUUCAUAAUUACCUCCCCUGAUGAACAUCAAACUCUGGAGAGUUUUGUGGCAUUUGCCUAUCUUCUGCAGCACCCUUACCAUCUAAAUGGUGAAUUAGUCAACACCAUGUAUAGCAGUUCAACUAAUCCAGUAAAGGGAGAUAAUAAUACAGAAGUUGAUUUGAGUGAUCUGCCCUUGAUGAGUUGGGAAACCUUGAGAAACGUUGAGGCUGAUAUUGUAUCAUUACAACGAACUAUGCUACACAAAUGGGCAGAAACAAAACAAGGUAGAAAUGAAGGAACAGAAGUACAGUCAGAAGUGCUGGCUGCUAUGCUGGCUGAAAUACGAUUGAAAUAUUUCAAUAAAUUGAAGGAAAAACUGAAAGAUUGUGAAACUUUUAAGGAUAUUCCAGCAAAAUGGAGAAUAAAUGUGAAGAAAGAAAUCUAUGAUGGCACAGAGAAUACGGCUGAGUGGCCAGAGAGACUUGGAUUGCAGUAUAUGGAAUCACAGAAACGUUCGUUAUCCAGGGUGCAGUCAUCGGAGAGUAUGCCAAUGUCAUCUCCUAUACAACCAUCAGAAGUAACUACAAGUAUAGACAUACAGAGCUUCCUGAAAUUCUUCCAGCCAGAUGGUUCAGCUUCUAAUACCAAUAUGUCUCCUGUACACAGAAGGCAUCCCUGUAGAACAAAAAGUAAACUGUCAACCCCUGACACAGCAAGUCCUCAUCAACCAUCCUGGCCUGAGAGUAAAGAUAUCACAUCUCAUGAUGUGUAUUACAACGUAGACAAAAAGGCGGAGAAGGUGAACAAACACCUUAACAAGCUACAGGAAAAAUAUGUGAAGGAAGAAACGUACAGUUCCUGUCUGUCACCUGUUUGUCUUUUUCCAAGGGCAACGAAGAAACAGCAUGUCAAACAAGAAAUGGAACUGAGGCGGUCACCAAGGAAAAAGAAUCCAAGAUCAGUGUUUGAUGAGAAUUUACCUGGAUUUAAUUCAAGUUUGAAGAACAGUGGAAGGUUGUCAGAUUCUCAUACACCAUUAGGAACUCUACACGACAAUGAGUCACGACGUAGAUUUUCAACUCCUCAGGGACUUCCACUGCAAAAUGUCCGCAGAUUGAGCAGUUCAUUGUCUAAGGAGUUUAGCUCACAGCGUAGAAGUUCAGAUGUAGGUUUAAGCCAGGUACCAGUGCCCAAACAGUUAGAUAAGUUACGUAGACAGUCAGAUGCUGGUUCCUCCUUCACCACACCUCAGGGAGAGGGAAUGAAGAAAGAAUCGAGAUCAGAGAGGCAUAAAAGGAGACUGCAGGAGAUAGUUGAUCGUGUUCUUGUGGACAAUGGUGUGUGUAAAACAGAUCCUAUCUAUAAAUCGUGUUCAUCGAGACUGUUCAAAGUCACCAAACUCUUUGUUAUGGAUUUACCAAAUUCUAGAAAUCUUAAAGAUGAAAUGCAGAAAAUUGCCGAGAGUCAAGUUAAACAGGUUAUUGAGGUGGACCGCAGUCGUCAAGAAUCUACCCAUAAAGGAAAGCAUAAAAAAUAG